CCUCAGCAGCUCGCAGGAUCAACAAAUAAUAAAUAAAAAAAAAAAACAAAAAAAAAGUGCGUGUUAAUCGUAAAGUUGUGGAAUACGAAAAAAAAUUUCUUUUCCAAGUUUCAUCAAGAGCAAUUCACUUUUAAACGGCCUUACAAAAAAAACAUCUUCGUGUUUAUCUAUUCUUACGCGGUAUGUGGCUACUUUUUACAGUGUCAAUAUUGUUAGCACGUGAAGUGGUGGGAAAUUUAUCAACAGAUAAGCAUAAUGAAGAGAAGAAAGUGGAAAACAAAAAUUAUUUACACAAUUUCUCACAAUUACAGACCACGGAUUUGAAAAUUCCCGCAGAAAAAUUACAUGAAAUUGAUAAAUCUAACAAAAAACAAGAUACAGAAAAAAGAAGAAAAAGAUCCAUAGACGAAAUUGGUUCAAGUCAUGAAACAUUUGCAAUAGAUUUUGAAAAAAGAAAAGGACCAAUGUCUUCAUGGUUUUAUUGGACUGACAAAGAUGCAAUACCAAUAAAAGAACGAAGCAAGGAGUCAAGUCAAGAAAAGAAAACGCCAAGAUUUAGUCCAUGGGGAGGAAAAAGAAGCGAGACUUAUUUAUCGGAUCCUGAAUUUCGACAAAACACUCACGUCUUUAACAGUUGGGGUGGAAAACGUGUUAAUGAAUUUUCAAAGCUUUCACCACCAUCAGAAAAAAACGCAAAAUUAUAUGCAUGGAAUAGUAUUGGCUCCAAUGAGAAUCUAGAAUUAAAACGAGUUUCAAAAAGUAAUACAGAGGGAAAAGUUCCAUUCAAUAGUUGGGGUGGAAAGAGGGCAUUAAAUAACAUCGAUUAUACAUCACCGAUUUUACAAGAUCUACACCAAUUCGAAGGAGAAAUUGCUUAUCGAAAAAGAAAAGGUGAUGUGGGAAAAUAUCAAGAAAAAUUGAUAAGAAAAAUGGAUGAAAGAAGAGCCCAAAAAUUUGGAAGUUGGGGUGGUAAGAGGUUUGCUAAUCAACAAGAUGAAAAAAUGGAUGAAAGAAGAGCUCAAAAAUUUGAAAGUUGGGGUGGUAAGAGAUUUGCUAAUCAGCAAGAUGAUGAAAAAAUAGACGAAAAAAGAGCUCAAAAAUUUGGAAGUUGGGGUGGUAAGAGAUUUGCUUAUCAGCAAGAUGAUGAAAAAAUAGACGAAAAAAGAGCUCAAAAAUUUGGAAGUUGGGGUGGUAAGAGAUUUGCUAAUCAGCAAGAUGGUGAAAAUUUACAUUUGGCCGAUGAGGAUUUUUUUGAAUCACUCAAAUCGAGAUUACCAAAGAAAAGAGCAAAUCGUGCUUUAAGAAAAAGGGAAUUUCAACCUUGGGGAGGUAAAAGGAGUCCCGAAACAAUACCUGAAAAUCCAAAUGACACUGAACGCAGACCACCUGCUUCAUUUUUCGUUAGAAAAGUCUUCUUCCCAUGGGGUGGAUAAAGAAAAUUUGACUGAUUUUUUAUUGUUUUUAUUUACAAUUAUUUGAAACUAAUAUAAUUUUUAAAUUUCAAGUUUUCAUUUUAAUUAUAUUUUUUUCUCUAUUCUGAGAUUUGAUAAUUAUUUUAAUACAAAUCUUCCCAAUAGGGUAAAAAAAAUUAUGUUUAUUUAAAUGUAUAUUCAAUUUUAUGGAAAUUUUUUAUAAUUUAGUGUAACUGUAAAUACAUGUGAGAGUUUAUUAUUAUUAAUAAAAUCAUAAAACAAUUACUAAUUAAAUAAAUUUAAUUAAUUAAUUGAAAUAAAUUUUUUAAAAAAUUGAACAAAAUUAAUUAACG